AUGGGAAAGAAAUUAGUGUUGCCUGUGAUAUCUUUUAUCAAUCAGAAGUAUACUAGUAUUCAAGGAUGUUUUUUUUUUCGUAUUUCAAAAUGGAACUUUCUUGACAUCGUCGUUUUUCUUCUGAAAGAUAACACAGAUACUAAAUGCUAUUCAAUUGAAGAUGUUACGACUGAAGAUAAUGGCAAUACAAACACAAUGAACAUUGAAGCCGUUAGUACUAUUUUCGAAAAUUCGUCUAUUCACAAUCUUCAUCAACAGCCAAUAUACGGUUGA